AUGGAUGGAGGCGAAAGUCAGUUGCAUGACCUGGGGGUUAAUGUAUUGGAUCAAAGCUUUCUCGAGCAAAAGAUCGAGAAAAAUGCAGAAAGUUUCAUCAACGGGCAACAACUGGAACAGGAAGAGAGCAGAUUGGAAAGAGCCAAGAAUGCUUUGUCAAAAUGCAAACUCAAGCGGGAUCUAAUACGAAGAAAGCUCAAUAACGCUACUAGAAUAUCCGUGAAGCAGGAAUUAAGGCAACAAAUUGAAGAUAUCGAGGCGAUUGAAAUUCCACCGUUGCUUAAGGACGUUCAGGACAUUAAAGAAAGAAUCAAAGGACUGAAGCAAUCCAGUGGUACAACCCAAGGAACAAAUGAAGGCCAAGGAAGGAGGCCUGAGGAAUCGGAAAGAGAUUUUCUCAUCAGAACUGGUAAGUUGACAGCGUUUGGAUCGAAAGCAGGCUUCUCGAUAGAUGAACCUGAGAUAAAGCGUGAAGACGUUGUUAAUGUUGUUAAAGAAGAGGGCUUGGAGAUGGCCGAGGAACAAAUGAUCGAAAAUCUGACUGGAGAAUCUACAGACGAGAACGACCAAUUGGACGAUGAUUAUGUGGAAUCUAAGAUAGAACAAGACAGUGACGGAAGUCCUGAAUCAUUCACUUUAAGGCCAGGUGAAACGAAGGAUGAUGGUGAUGAACUAUACUACCAGCAAAGACUACGAAGAUGGAUUCGACAGCGUUCCAGUGGUCGCUCAAAUGACACACAUCCUGAUCUCCCAGAAUGGCGUAAACCUCAUCCCCAUAUAGCCGAUGCAAAACUAAAUGAUGAUUUCAAGAUACCAGGCGAUAUAUUUUCGCUAUUGUUCAACUAUCAGAAGACAUGCGUUCAAUGGCUUUAUGAAUUAUAUCAGCAAAAAUGUGGAGGCAUAAUUGGUGACGAAAUGGGGUUGGGAAAGACUAUUCAGGUCAUAGCCUUCUUGGCUGCACUGCAUCAUUCUGAUAUGCUUGAUGGACCCGUACUAAUUGUUUGUCCAGCGACUGUCAUGAAACAGUGGUGCAAUGAACUCCAUCAUUGGUGGCCUCCUCUGAGAGCGGUUAUAUUACAUGCAAUUGGAUCAGGAAUGGGAAACAAAAAAAGUAUUGCAGAAGAAGACCUUGAGGGACUGAUCAUGUCAUCUGACCCGAGUCAGUUCUCAUACGAGGAUUUCAAUAAUUCAGCUAAGGUAAAGGGCAAGCUAGAGUCCAACAACAACAUGCAGUCCCUUGUCGACAAAGUUGUUAACGAUGGACACAUUUUAAUAACCACCUAUGUUGGGUUACGAAUUCAUAGAGACAUUCUGUUGAACGUAAAUUGGGGAUACGCUGUAUUAGAUGAAGGGCACAAAAUCAGGAACCCUGACUCGGAUAUUUCCCUGACCUGUAAAAGGCUGAAGACACAUCAUCGAAUCAUACUCUCGGGGACGCCCAUUCAAAAUAACUUGAAUGAGUUAUGGUCUCUUUUUGACUUUAUAUUCCCUGGUAAGCUAGGAACAUUGCCCGUUUUCCAACAGCAAUUUGUUCAACCGAUUAGCAUGGGAGGCUACGCCAACGCGACUAAUGUUCAAGUGCAGGCGGGCUAUAAAUGUGCAGUAGCCCUGAGAGAUUUAAUCUCUCCCUAUUUGCUACGACGAGUAAAAGCAGAUGUGGCAAAGGAUUUACCUGAAAAGAAAGAGAUGGUAUUAUUUUGUAAACUAACUCAGUUUCAGCGAAAGAAAUACCUUGAAUUUUUGCAUUCUAAAGAGCUUGAUCAGAUCAAGACUGGGAAACGACAGGUUCUUUUUGGUAUUGAUAUCUUGAGAAAGAUAUGUAAUCAUCCAGAUCUACUUGAUAGGGAAGAGAAAAGACACCAAGCUUCGUAUGGAGACCCUAAGAGAUCAGGUAAGAUGCAGGUCGUGAAGCAGCUACUUCUCUUGUGGCAUAAGCAGCAUCAUAAAACCCUAUUAUUCACACAGUCAAGGCAGAUGUUGGACAUUCUGGAAGAAUUUGUCUCAUUCAAGGAUGAGUCACUCAGUGGCUUGAAGUUUUUGAGAAUGGAUGGAACUACUAACAUCUCUACGAGACAGUCAUUGGUGGACGAGUUCAACAACGGUGAUUAUGAUGUUUUUCUCCUGACAACAAGGGUUGGAGGUUUGGGAGUUAAUCUGACCGGCGCUAAUAGGAUCAUAAUAUUCGAUCCGGAUUGGAACCCGUCCACUGAUAUGCAAGCUCGUGAAAGGGCCUGGAGAAUUGGCCAAAAAAGGGAAGUGUCAAUAUAUCGACUGAUGGUCACAGGUUCAAUAGAGGAGAAAAUUUACCAUAGACAGAUUUUCAAACAGUUUUUGACAAACAAGAUCCUAAGCGACCCUAAGCAGAAGCGAUUCUUCAAGGUCAAUGAGCUUCAAGAUCUUUUCUCUUUAGGUGGAGAGAGUGGUCACGCCAUAGAAGAAUUGGAGGAAGAAGUUCAAAAGCAUACAAACAGCUUGAAGAGUUCAAAAACUGAGGAAAGUGACGACUUUGAACAGGUUGUUGGUAUGGCUGGAGUUUCCAAAUUAGAAAGCUUCUAUAGUGGUAAAGAAAGCAAGGAACAAUCUCAAACAGAGGAUGAAAGGCUGAUAGAGGGUUUAUUAGGUGAGAGUAAUUUGGAGAAUGCAGCUACACAUGAAGCACUGGUGGAUGCCCAUGCCAAAUCAUCCACCGCAAUUGUUGAAAAGGAAGCGAAGAAGAUAGCUGAUGACGCACUUGAUGCCUUGAGAAAGUCAAGAAAAGCUGCAAAAAAGUUUUCUAUAGGGACUCCAACGUGGACUGGGAAGUUUGGACAAGCUGGUAAAGUCGCUAAAAAGACGAGAAAAUCCAAGACCCCACAGUUGACCGGAUCAUCUGCCAUAUUAGCAAAUCUAAGAAAUGCCCAGCAACAAGCAAAGAAACUCCCCGCACAAUCAACUGCUUUUGGCGAAAAUGAAUCAGGCGCUAGCGAGACUCUUCUCCGGAAGUUGCAAGUAUUUCUCAACAACAGACCAGACUUCUUUGCUCCAUCUUUGGAUGUUAUUGAGCACGCCGGAGUGCAACUAAAGGACAGAGAAGAGACGGUCAAAGUACGUGCGUUACUGAAGAGCAUUGCCAGUUUCAAUAAAGAUAGAAAAGGAUGGGUCUUAAAUGAAGAGUUCAGAGAUGAUCCAUUGUAA